AAUUCGUAUAGUUCCGCGGUACAGCACGACUUUUAUUUUGUACACAGAGAGAAGUGUUAAUUCGAGCGGAAAUUGCUUGCUGGUACACUUUGACCUUCCGAGUCGACAAAAGAAUGGCGAUCAUAAAGUGAUUGCAGCUUUAGAAGUGUUCUUCUAAGGAAAGAAUUCAAGUUUUUGUAGCUUCUUGAUCUCUUCAUGGAAUUUAUUAACAAUGUUUAGUCAAGGAGACCAGGAAUAUCAAUUCCAACAGACAGUGCAGCAAGCAGCCUUUGGAACCGCUAAAGUUGGCCUAGACAGCACUCAGUCGAUGUUGUCACUUCUGAAUGAGGAUGAGUUCUCCCAACAACAGCAACAGCAGCAGCAGCAGCAGCAACAGCAACCUGUAAAUUGUCAGCCACUUAGUUAUUAUAGUAAUCAGAUCUCAAGCAACAAUUAUGGCUCUUUGCCAACCCAGGUACAACGGAACUAUAUGCAAUAUGCACAACAGUCACAGGGGAUGGCCCCUAGUCCGUACGCUACAGCGAAUUCUAACUACCCUCUGCAGCAGGGUUAUCAGAGGUCAAAUUCCUACCAGGCACCGUAUAACAACCAACAUUCGGGAGCGUAUUAUCCUAACACGCCAAUGACCACGCAAAGUCCAUACCAGGGAUAUGGCACAACUCAAGGUUACCCUACUCAAGGUAGAUCUCCAGUCAGCUCGCCAAAUAUGUUGCCUACAGCAUCUGGCAUAGGUCCCAAGUACCCGCAGAUCCCUCCAAAUACAGCAUCACCCGGUAUGGGCCAAAGUUCAACGAUGUACAGCCCUGGUAGUACACCAGUCAGUAACCGUAACCAAUUCCAGUUUCCUACCUCACCGGUUCCUCACCUAGCACGUCCGUCUCCAAUACAAUCACCCAGCGCUCCCAAAAGAUCCCCAGCCUCUAUGACUUGCCCAAGCCCGAUACAAUCGCAUUCUCCUGCACCAGUCGGCACCACAAAUUCCACAAGUCCCCUGACGGUGAGGAGUCCUCAAAAUAACUCUCCAUCCUUUAAUCAGAAUCGAUCACCGGCACAAGCAAAGCAAAAACAAGAAAUGGUUGAUUUAUCCAGUAUGUCUAAGAUGUACCAUCCGCCUUCAAGGACAAAUUCAGAUUCUGAUAAAAAACACACAUACUCAUCACCGAAAAGGGGGGGACCUAUUCCAAAAAUGGAAGAGAUGGUUGCGUUCAUAGGUGAACCAACCAUGAGAGGAGUGUUGACUUCUGAAAUUGAUGGAGAAACACUUUCAUCAGAUCUUAAAUCUGAUGAUAAAAUGUCGAAUGGUAAAUUAGAUUCUUCAGAAAAUGGCAGCUCAAAAGCUUCAGAAAAUGGCAACCCAGAAGAACUAAAAAACCUGGACAAUGGGACAAACAAAAGCAACAGCAAAAAUAAUGCAGUUGAUGAAAUUUGUGAGAAUGGGAAAACAGUUUCUUCACAACCAGAAAUGGAAACAAAACAAACAGAAACAGGCAAAACAGAGACUGAAACAGCUUCGAAUGAGCUUAGUCAACAAGAGGAACCACAUAUUGUGAGGGAGGAGCAGAAAAAAUGUUCAGAACUAAAUGAGUCUUCAAAAACCAACAAUCGAAAGAGAAAGUCACUUGCUGAUGGUGAACCUCAGGCCAAUCAAAAAACAAAUGAUAGUGGAAAAACUAAAAGGACUAAACCAAAGGUUGGUUCAAAAGCUAGCAUGGGAGAAAAUAAACUUAAUGACUCAAAGAGUAAAAAUAAAAGUAGGAAUAAAACAUCAGGGAAGAUACAAACGAAGAAGUCUCCUAAGAGAGCAAACACAAAAGACUCAAUGGAAAAUGGAUUCACAACAGAUGGCAGCGACGAUCAUGGAUUUUCUGACGAUGACGUCAAUGAUCUGAACGGAAAAAGGCUUACAAUGACUAGACCAAUUAAAACAUAUUCCAAGAUAAAAAAUUCCAAAGAUAAAGAGGAUGUGGACGGUCCUAAAGAUUCUAAAAGUGAUUUUGACGAAAUUAUGAAAACUGCACAAACAAGAGAUAAUGUCAUUGAGGGAGAAAAAAAGAAUGAUAAAAUGAAAAGUGACGCUAAAGUGGAAGAGAAGCGUGAAAACAAUGAAUCUGAGAAAAUAACAGAAAAGAAAUGUAAGGAUAAAGAGGUUUCCAUUAUUAAAGUGGAGACAAAAAAGGAAGAACACAUUAAGGAAAAGAAAGAUAAUGAGAUUGUUGAAUGUGAAAUCAGAUUGGAAGAGAAUAAAACCAUAAUUCAGGAAGUAAAAAAUCCAAUGAUAACGCCCUCAUUGAAACGACAGUUAACUGGGAUUGAUGGUCCAGAUACUUGCGAAAGUGACCAUACGGUACCGUCUCACAAAAAACGUGGACGACCGUUUGGAAGUAAGAAUAAAAAGAAACGGCUUACCAAGAAAGAAAAAGCGUUGCUUGAGAGCGAUUGCUUAGACAAAGAUUUUCUUGCUACAUCUAAAAAAAUGGCUGUGAAGCAGUCUGUAAUGAACACUAAAUUAGCAAAUAUGUUACAACCAACGGGUUCAAUCUCAAAACCAGUUGGGCCGGUAUUACGCAUUGUCGGAGCGCCUGAAAAUCCUGUUUCCUCGCAUAUUGUUAAUCAACCAAAUGCUAAUGUUGAUGCAACAAUAACAAAGAAAAGUAAAAGCAUUGUUUCAUCAAAAAUAGUCCAUAGGCCGUCGUCCUCUGCGGCUGUUGGCUCUACGUAUUGUGAAACUGGACGUCCGUGGUUAUGUGCGCUUUGCGGCAAACCGUCAAAUGUGAACGGCUUAGGAGAUCUUUAUGGUCCCUAUUAUCCUGAAGGAUUUAAACCACCAAAGCGUUGCACACAAGAUGAGCAAGUUACUCCACAAUCGACAAAGCAAACAUCAAAAGGAAAGACUUUAAAAUCAAAUUCAAAAACAUCCAAUUCUAAAAAUAACUCUCAGCGUAGACGAAGUUCAAUUGAUAAAGAGAUAGAAUGUAAUGCGGAUCAAGUAACCGCAAAUAAAAACACUCCAAAAUCCAGGAGUUCGUCAAAAGGAAAAACUACUAAAAAUUUGAAAUCGGCAACGAAAAGUUCAUCAACACCAAGUUGUAAAAGAAGCAGCUCAACGGACACCGAGACAUCCUGCCACCUUGAUGAGAUUUGGGUACAUGAGGAGUGCGCGGUGUGGGCGCAGGGAGUAUACCUUGUCGGUGGGAUGAUCUACGGAUUGCACGAGACCGUGAGAGCAGCAUGCCAAACGUCGUGUACUCAUUGCAAACAGAUGGGAGCUACACUAGGGUGCUUCAGCAAGGCCUGUUCAUGGACGUCUCACUUCAUAUGUUCCAAAAAAGCAGAUUGUCUUUUACGAGAAGAAAAUUACUCCAUGCUGUGUCCAAAACACAAGAACAAGCUGGUGAAGAUGAAAGAUGAUACUUAACCAGCCCUCCAAACCUUCCACAGAACCAUUUCUGAUGUCUUCGUUUGGAUAACUACAUCUCUGAAAAAAUCCUGUCCUAAGCGGACAUCUAGUAACUGCAUCUUCGGCACUUGGCAACUUUGGAACAGCACUGUUGCUUACUUGCUCCAUAUUAUGUGUUAAGAAAUGUAUGCAUAUGUUACAAAGAUAACAUAAGAAUGUUGCGAAAGGUGUUGAGAUAAUGUGUAUAUGUUUAGACUGGGAGCUGUAAAUGAUUCAUGUUGAAAUUCAAGGAAUUUGUCUUUUGGUGGAUUUUUUAGUAAAGAUUAAUACUCCACAAACCAACAUCUGUGUAUGUGUUACAUUGUAGCAUUAAUUGCUUGCAUCUUACAUGAAAAGAAAGAUGCUGAACAUUAAUCUCUGUGGCCAGUAACAGUCUUGAAAGCUGUGAAAAAAAUUAGGUUUUCCCCUCUAUUGGUGCAUACAUUGUUUGGGGGAAAUAUCUUUGAAGCACAUUGUAGUUGUAGCUAAGAUGUUGCUGCAAGAUGGAUGUUUUGGAGUUCAGUAUGGAUGUUUUUGUUUUUGUAUGGUUUCAAGCAUGAACGUUUGAAGAUGAGGACCAGGACUUGCAUAUUUCAAUAAUUGAAAAUUGAGGUUAUCUUUUUUCUAACUUGUUAUUGAAAGGCUUGUGCUAGAUAAGGUGUUAUGUCUGAAUUUUGGUCUUUAGAUGUGUUACAGAAUAUGAAUAUUCAUUACUGUAUCUUUUCAAAGCAGAUUUUUUUUUUUUUCCAUGUGAGGCUAACAGUUUGGAAGUGAGCCCUCUGGAGUAUAGAGAUAUGAUAAUUAUGUUCUAUAUGUUGUUUUCUAGGGAAUAUUUGGCGUAAACAUUUAUGAUGAAUUUUGAUAGUUGUAUCAAAUUAUGUGUAUAUUUCUCACCUUUGUAUUUUGCAUUGUGUAAUGUAUUGUAUCUAGUUUUUAAACCUCCAAAGUUUAGUUUUGCCCAUUGCACACAUUUGAUUCUGUACCAAAUGUAGAAUUCACUUAAUAUUUAUAAGCCCUGAUUUAUUAACAUGUAUAAAAGUUUAACCCAUGUGCGAAAUGUUUAUUUAGCUCAAAAAUUUAGUUUUGUGUUAAUCAUGCACGUUGAAAUUUAAAUUGUUAUUGCUUAUUUUGUUUUUUUUGGGUGUGUAAUAGCUCAAUAUGUAUGUUUUCGCUAAGUUCUUAAUAAGCUUGUUGCUUUUCACAACCUACUUCUGAAAAAAAACGACGACAAAAUCUACAUUAGUUUGCUGAUUAAUUUGUCCCAUCUGGCAUGUCCUACUGUAUGGUAUUAUCGCAGUUCACAAUGGUUUGUAGAGUAGUAUUGUAUUGUUUCGAUCUGUAGACGGUUCCUUUUUGUAGGUAAAUGAUAUUUGCCUACAAUGUUCAUUCUGGGUAGUGGUACUGAGUGAGUCUUCAGGUCCAGUCUGAUAUAAUGCAUGGAUGUUCUUGAUAUUUAGACAUGUUUUCUAAAGUUGUUUUUCUUUCAUAUUUUUAAGAGGAUUAGAUUUUUCAGUAACUGUUUUUCGUACGAAUGUUAUGAACGUAUUUGGCAAUGAACUCAACUGUAUAGUUUACUCCUAAGUUUGUGUUUUUUUGCUGAUUUGUGGAUAUCAACAUACAGAAAAAAGGCUUUCUGUAAUGAGUAAGAAUUAAUAAAAGAAAUUAAUUUUGUGAAACUUAA